UAUUUUAUAAUUUUUCCAGAUAAAAGUGUCAAUAAAGUCAUAAUUAAUCAUCAAAACCUAAAAAUUAUUUUGGAUUCUGGUGUCUUGGGAUGUCUGAUUUCAGAAAUUGUAAGUUUUGUAAGUAGCAGUCUUUUUUGAAAUUUUAAGGUCUGCAGACCAAAUACCACGGAAUGGCCCUUAAAUAAAUUUUUAAAAGCACUCCACACGCCACAGGCAGCAGUGACCUACUUUUGGUAUGAAGCAUGUGUAAACAACUAUGACUGUGAAAACUAAUUACUGUAGCCAUGUAUAAAAUUAUGUGGUCUGUGCCACAGUGUGGACACCUUCAAAUGGUGCAAAGAUGGACAAGGAAGUGGUGACACCUGCAGAAACAGAAAAUCCAUCAACAAUGCCUAUAGAAAUGUCACCUGCCCAAAAGAGUGAUAUUCAGGAUUCACAAGAUUUCCUUGAUUCGCCAAUAUGCUUUGAAGGUCAUUAUACUGAUGGUGAAAUCUCCUUUGAUAUACCAGUACACAGUGAAAUGCCAAUACUCACAGAAGCAGAAAAUGCUACUGCUGUGGUGGUAGACGAUGACACCAUGCCACAGAAUGAAGGGCCUUCUGUUGUGUCUAUGGCCGCAUUGAAUGAUGCAACAACUGAAAAAAGUCCAUAUUCUGUUGAAAUGAUAGUUCACAUGGGGACAUCUUCCUUCUUUGAAGUUAUGUCUUACUUUAAAGAUCCUGAAAUAUCAGAUAAACUCAUAACAAUCACCAGGAUUCUAAGUAAUGGUGAGAGGGAAAUAGCAGAAGAUACUGGGGGAGUUCUCCGCGACGUGCUGACUGAAUUUUGGCAAACUUUCUACCAAAUGUGCACGGUUGGCCGUGAAGUUAAGGUUCCUGCUCUACGCCAUGACCUAGGUGAAACUGAAUGGCAGGCAAUUGGCAGAGUCCUUCUGUAUGGGUUUAAGUACACUGGGUACUGGCCUAUCAAGCUUUCAAAAGCAUUUCUCUUUUCAGUCAUCUGUAGUAAUGAAGAAGAAGUCAAAUCAUGCUUGCUUGAAGACUUUUGGAAGUUUGUUACAAAACCAGACAUGGAGGUUCUUCACCAGGCCUAUGAAAACUACACACAAGUUGAUGAGGAUGAAUUAUUGGACUGUCUAGAGACAUAUGAAUGUAGAGCAAAACCAAAAGAAGACAACAUCAGAUCUGUAAUCCUUGAAAUUGCACACACGCAAUUGAUCCAAAAACCAACAUUUGUUGGUAAUUGCAUGAGGGAAUGUCUCUUGGAUGCAAAGAUUAACCCCAACAAAAUUGAGGAAAUUUACAGCAAUGUUUAUCCCACUUCUCGAAGAGUGAUCAAGUCUUUCAAAUUUCCUGAGUUUAUGGAUGCAAUGGAGUCAGAAGUUGCAAAACACAUUAAAAGAUAUGUCAAAGACGCAGAUGGUGACAAAUUAGGACAAUUCCUAAGAUAUUGUACAGGAUCAGAUCUGUUAACAGUGCCGCAGAUUUCUGUGGAAUUCUCAUCUCUCACUGGUUUUCAGAGGCGCCCAGUAGCACACACAUGUGGGUGUGUCCUCCAACUUCCAAGGCUGUACGAAAGUUACAUGGACUUUAGGUACGAAUUUGAUAACAUUCUAAACCAAAACAUAUGGGUUAUGGACAUUGUGUAAGCUACAAACUAAAGAAGAAACUAAUGCCUCGAUAUACAUGUAGACUGUCCAAAAGUGAAGCAGUAUUAAUAUCUGGAUUGUGCCUGGUUGUUUCUGACUUUUGUUGAAAAGGGAAGUUGACAUUUCAUGGUCAUUAAGGUAAAUGGGACGUGAAGCUUACUCUAAAUAUGAUGUUGAACAGAGCUGCAGUUUUUCCUUGUUUUUGAAAGUGCAUUAAGCCUGUUUCAUUUUACACUUGUACUGCAUGUAAUGGCAUCCUUCUUUUAGUCAGCGAGGAUUUAAGACACUUGGUUUAUGUCUGACAAACAUUUUUAUACUGGUUUUUAUGUUCAUAUGUGUAAUUUUCAUUAAUAAUUUUCUCUUGUGAUCAAACAUUGAUGAUAAAAGUGUGAUCAUGCUACAAAACAUAAUGAACUGUUGGUUUUAAAAGUGCUUUGUAAGUUUAUGCAAGUUGCAAGUGAUUUGUCUAUUUUUGUUGACACACCAAAGAAGUACCCUUUGUUCCAUGUUGUUAAAACAUGUUAUGGGCGUUGUCAUAAUAUUAUAUUAUAACCUUUGUGCUCUGAACCUCACUGUUCAUGUCUCUUGUUGAUGGAAUGGAAUAUCCAUAUCCUGGUCAGUCUGAUACAUAUAAUGCUUGCGUUUUUAAUUUCUAGUUUGAUUUAGCCAAAUUUUCUGCUUUUCAUUUUACACUUAUAUUACAUGUUAUGGUAGAGCUCUUUUGGUUAACCAAUAUUUCAGACACUUGGCUGAUAUCCAAUAGAGAUAUUCUAAUAUUGCUUUUAGACACUUGGUUAAUGUCUGACAAACAUAUUUUGAUAUUGAUUUUUAUCUUAAUAUAUAUGUGUAAUUUACCAUAAUAAUCCUUUUCCCUUGUGAUCAUACAAUAAUGAUAAAUUCAAAAGUUUAAUUUCUGAAUCACAAAAGAAGUGUCUUUUGUGCAUUGUUUUUAAAACAUUAUGGAUGUUUUCAUUAUAAUAGCAAUCUUUGUGCUCUACACCUGAUGGUAGACCGGGUGUUUUUCUUUUUGUUAAUAAAAGUUACACUAAUAAAAUGAUUUUUUUUCACUUUUAUUUUUGUUUUGGGGUCAAUUAUAGAGUAAAAGUUGAAUAAUAUAUUGGAUAUCAAUCCAAGGAUCAAACUGUGGGUUAAAGUUUCAUGCCAGGUAUGUGUCAUAGCGCAAAUACUGAGA